AAUCCAGGAAGUCACCUUCGUCAAGCCGGCAGUUAGGGAGUUUGAACAAGACAUAAUGGCUAAAGCUGUCUUUCGGUGUGUGGAAUGUAGCGAGGACGCGGUCGAGCUUCACAGAGAUUACAGUAAUGGGAUUUUGAAGAUAACCAUAUGCGAGUCUUGCAAGAAGCCCGUGGACAAGUACAUUGAAUAUGACCCAGUCAUAAUCCUGAUAGAUGCCAUUCUAUGCAAAACCCAAGCUUUUAGGCACAUUCUGUUCAACACUACCCUGAACAUCCACUGGAAGUUGUGUGUGUUCUGCCUGCUAUGCGAGGCCUACCUGAGGUGGUCUCAGCUGCACGUAUCUGAGCCCAGUAACAGCGACCCCUCGGACAUCAUCAGAUACACCAAGGAGUGGAACUUCUACGCCAUGUUUGGCCUGGCCACUCUUGAGCUGUGUGUGUUCUGCGCGGGGGUGCUGUGCUUGCUGUGGUUGUCAGGGAGGCUGCGUUGCCGCGGCGCCGAGACGGCUCGUCUGCUCCGAGCCCUGAUGCUGUCCUCCUACGGCAAGGUCCUGCUUGUCCCCGCCGUCAUCUGGGAGCACGACCAUUCCCCGCUCUGCUUCACCCUCAUCAAGCUGUUCGUCCUCACCUCCAACUCCCAGGCCAUCCGGGUAAUCCUAAACUGUAGCAGGAGGCUGUCCCUACUGGCGGUGUGUGUGGGCCUGCUGUGUGAGACCGGCUUGGCCCAGGCUUUCCAGAAGGUUCCCUGGAGCCUCCAGGACACCCUGGCAUUGCACUGACUUCUGACCUGCCGCAGCCAUUCCCUGAGAAGGGCUUACAAUAUCUUUUGAUUGGCUGAUAGGCCUGAAAGGAACUUUUUUGAUUGUCUGGUUUGAAUCCUUUUAAGGUCUUCUCAUACUAGAAGCGAGUGGCGUGUGUUCCCUUAGCUUCAGCCACCUGCCACAGAGCCAACAGCUGACUGAUAUGGGUCAGACUGCACUAUCAAGCAGAACCCAGUGGACCAAACUCCAGAAAUAACUCUGCCUGUCUGGAAUUUGCCAUCUAUUUGAAUGAAUGUUCCCUUGCUGAGUUAGUCUGGGAGGACAAGAACCAUACUCCCUGGAUUGUCACAAAAAACAUCACUUAAUGAAUGAACUGUGUGCACCUACCUACGUGCAAGUGAGUUAAUGCAGGUCUGCUAAACUGUGAGAGAGAAGAAGGACCUAAUUGAUCCAACAACAGCCUCUGUGUCUAGGCCUCGAGCCUGGCUGGUGAGCUGCCAUUCCGGAGGUUACCUGAAGUCAGAAAUGUAAAAAAUGUCUACUUUUACAAGUUGGUGGGCUGUGAAUGUAACAUUUGUGUGUGCGCGCUGAAGAGCUUGAGGGGCUAGUAUAAAUGUGGAAUUCCACAGGUAUUGCCCUCACCCUGAAUCUGAACUGUGAAAGAGGGCAAUGUUCGCUUAGUUAUAAUCUUGCUGUGAUUAACGCAAGUAGCCGAGGAAUGAUGAACGUGUGGAGACAGAGAGAGGUGACUUGACGUGCAUGUCCAUGGAUAACUGAUCGUGUGUUGGGAAGUGCAUAACUCCUCACCAGAACCAGAUGCAGAGUUUCACCUCACUGGGGGAAACGAACAUUCUCUGAAAACGCUUUUGUUCUCCUCAAACAUGGUCCUCCGUGUCCAUAUGAUCUAUACAUAAUGUACUUUUAUUUUAUUUGGUGAUAUCUGUAAUUGUGAAAGACAGCAUUUUUUCUACUGUUUCUGCCUGUGUGAAUUCCUGCCAGAUGUCUGUUUGAGAGGAAUGCUAGGAUUCAUAGUGAACCCACAAGAUGAAACAGCUCAUCAGAUCACAUGGGGAACACUCCAGCUUGGAAUGUUUGGUUUGGUGUUCUGAGGUUCAGAGUUGGGCCCUGGUUGGAACAGUAGAGAUGCUGUUGCCAGUGUAAACUUGUGAACCCCUUCAAACUAUUUAUCUUAAAUGAGCAUCUGAUUUAUGGUCCAAAAUAUCACAGAUUGAGUUCAAGUUAAUAACUAUACUACUAUACAGUACACAAUAUCCAAUACAUUUUCACUGUAUAAACAGACAUUGUUGCCGAUGUAGUAAACAUUUAAUGAAUAUCUGUGGAUUUGUCUGCACAUUGCUGUGGUACAAAACGUCAUGUUUGGUGCAUACCUUUGCAUUUCUUACCUGUCUUGACUUACUGAAGUGUUAAGUUGGACUGUAAACUAUCAGCACCAACUCUAGUAUAGCUUAACUGUUACUCUAAGAUUAUUUAUUUUACUGCACUGCUUCGAGUAAAGCUUUGGAUGACCUUGCACUCAAAUACUCUGGAUAGGAUACGAUCCUUAAUGAAAUCGGCAAGGGUCUAAAACAGGCUGUAAGAUUGAAAAAGUUAGUUAUUUGAUCUGUGCUCAAGCUUGUCUAAGCCUGCCCAUUGCUACCCAUGCUGCUUGUUUUGGUGCAUCCAUGGUGGUAGUGAUUCUGCGGUGCAUCCAUGAUGAUGGUGGCAAGUUGUACAAUAGCUAAGCUGGCCAAUCCCAUGGUGAGUGACGCAUACCUUGGAUUUGCUGUCAAUCAAGAUUAUGUUUAAUCUGCUGCGAUCUCCUAAACAGGUGCUUGGGCAGGGAAGACAGAACCACAUUCCAAAAGGGCAGUACUGAAUGUGUUAGCCAAUAUUUACACACACACAAUCUGUUUAGCGCACAUAAUCUGAGGACUAGUGUCCUGUGUCUGUAUUAAGUCUGGGAAUGGGUUCACCAAAAAUGACAUUCAGAUAGAGAGCUAGAUAUUUACACCACCAGUGACAGAGCCCC